AUGCCCUAUGUAGGACAAGGUAAUACAGGAGUUGCCACAGCAGCUUUCAGUUUAAGUGCAGGAUAUCAACGGGCAUACAGUGAAACCAAUAAAGGUGGAAACGUCAUCUUUGAUGAUGAAACUAUUUGUAACUUGGGAACUGCCAGAUUCACCGAGGAACUCGCCUCACAUCACACCCUUCAUGUUACCACUAACUUUGCAGCCGCUCUUUGUUCCCUUCCUGCAACAUAUAACACUGCCAGCUAUAUGAAGUUCCUGGACGAUUGGGGAACGCACGUGGUAAUGCAAGUUGAUUUUGGUACAAAAGUAAUCAAAAGAUAUGAAUCUUCUAUGACAGAAUUUAUAAAUCACGUACAGAAAAGUGGAGGGUUUGGAUUGUCAGUUGGCGGGUUUCUUAGUGUAGAUUUCAGAACUUUUAAAGCGAGUAGCGCAUAUAAACUGCGAUUUGGAACCUAUCAGUCAACUCUUACAUCUGGUAGUACGAGUCAACCAGAACCAAUUGGUCUCACCGUCAAGACUAUCGCAGAAGCUCUUAAUACUAACUAUUGGGGUGGCACUGACGUCUCGAAGGCAUGUGGAGGCCAUCCAUUAACGUAUUUGCAUACCAAACAAUCUAAUCUAGUAAAGGCCUUAACUGGUUAUGCUAAAUUCAAGCUAUUUAAAUCACCCACAGAUCCCCAGCUACGGAUUCCUCUCACAUGGCCAUCUGGAACAUAUGGUCUUAUAAAAGCAGUUUCUGGAUGCCCCGCUGGAAGAGUUACUUGGCAUUUAGGAUCGAGACAUCAAGACGACUACAACCGUCAUAGACAUAUGCCUCCACAAAUUGAACUCAAAAAUCAUAACGAGUGGUCUAAUCCUAACCAUAUAGCAGGUUCCAAAGGCCAGGAUAUCACCCUGGAUUUCUGUAUGAAGGGAGACGAAAAAAUCACUGAAUAUGAUGGUGAUUGGCCAGCUGGAGAUUAUUGUAUUCUGAAAUAUGGUGACUGUCCUAAAGGCUUCCAAUCAGGAUCAAUCUUAUGGGAUGAUGAAAAUAAGAACAACCAUAAUUCAAAGUAUGGAACAUUACCAGAUGGUCAGUACGGUGCCGAUACAAGAAUAGAUUUUUGUUGCAGACAGGAUAGUUUACCAACCCACGAAAUCCUGCUACCAACAGAAAAACCCUUUAUCUUGAUGAAAUAUACCCGGGAAUGUCAACGAAUAAAGGGUAUGGAAGUGAGGGAAGAAUAUAUAGUAUGGACGGAUUACCCUUUCAGCAAUCUCGACAAGGCUACAGGAGCUCACCCUUUUGAUGAUGGUGGAAGCAAACUGCACAAAUUACAUUUUUGUUAUUAUGCUAAAUCAGGUUCAUCAUUAAUAGGAUAAAUGGU